CCUAUACCUCUCUUCUUCAUUCUCCGCCUCUAUCGCUCUCCAUCCGAGACUACACAGUUGGAAAGACGCUCCACUUUCAUUCGACAUCGUUGAUUGAUCGAAGGGCUUGCUGGCCGGUAUCAAUGUCCACAAAGAGCAUUCAAUCAUUUUUCCCCAAACGGCGCAUUUUGGUCGAUUUCUGAGUUAAGGUCAGUAACAAUAUUAUAUCGUCAGAAUAGAAGGUUAGGGCUUCAGUAGCGAGAUGAAGCCUGUGGUGGGGAUGGUGGUGUCGAACAAGAUGCAGAAAUCAGUAGUGGUGGCAGUGGACCGUCUCUUCCACAACAAGCUCUUCAACCGCUAUGUCAAACGAACCAGCAAGUUCAUGGCUCAUGACGAACACAACCUCUGCAACAUUGGUGACCGAGUUAGGUUGGAUCCUUCUAGGCCCUUGAGCAAGCACAAGCAUUGGGUUGUUGCAGAAAUUCUGAAGAAAGCACGAAUCUAUGUGCCACCUGAACCUAUUACCAAGACUCAAGAUCUAGCACCACCUUCAUCAUCUUAAGUUGAAGCAUAACUUGGAGCACAUUCAAAAGGCUGUGAAGAUGGGCCUAGGCAGCAGCUUCAGAGAACUGAUGACAGCAUUGCCAAACCACAAGAGCCCUUUUUGUGUUUUGUUUGAAUUGUUGUUUGCCUCCAAGCAAGUGAAUAUUUUUUAGAUUUUACCUAUUUGAAAUAAGGGAUUUAUUUAUAUCAACCUUAUUGAUCAGAUUUUAGGAAAAUUCUUUCAAA